AUGGGCGACGAUAAGCACCAUUACGAAUCCCUCCCGAUUCCCACGUACGAAGAAGCCACCUCCUCGCGGUCUCGCCGGAGCGUGGAAGAAGCCGGCGACGAUGCAGAACGACAGGGCCUGCUGGGGCGUUCCGAGGUCAGCGGCAGCGGGGGUAUCCAUGGAGGAACAAGAGAUAGAGAAGAAGGAGGAGGAGGAGGAGGAGGAGGAGAUGGAUAUCAACCGCCGACGGUCGAGUCGGCUCGGUCCAGCCUGGACUAUCUGGGCUCAUCGGCGCCGAAUUCCGCGCGGGGGUCGAUGGAGCAGCUGCGUCGCGAGAUCGACGAGAUGGACAUCGAAGACAUGGGCCAGGGGGGGGCACGGCGAGGGCGCUCGCAGCUAGGCCACCGGUUCUCGAAACGGCUCAACGACUUCACUCGAACGCUGUCGGCCAUCCACCUGCCCUUACGCCAGUACCUGCCCACCGUCCGCUUCACGAUCGACCUGGGUCGCGCCCGCACGCACGUGCAGAAGAACGCCUGUAUGCUCGUCCUGCGGCUCUUCGCCGUCAUCCUCGUCGUCAUUCUCGUCUACCUCUUCUUCUUCUCCGAUCUGUUCAGCUUCGGGAACCGGCUCAACAUGGCCCAGGCCUACAGCCCGGCCUCGGUCGAAAACUACGUGCAGGGCCACAUCAACGGCACCCGCAUCGCCGAGAACCUCAAGAAGCUCACCAAUUUCCCCCACAUGGCUGGCACCGAGGGCAGUUUUGUCCUGGGCGAAUGGAUCGAGCAGGAGUUCAAGAUCGCCGGCCUGGACGAGGUCGUCUCGGAGGAGUUCCAGGUCUAUCUCAACUAUCCCACCGCCGACGGCCGACGCGUGGCGAUUGUCGACCCGCCCGACCUGGCCUGGGAGGCCACCCUGGAGGAGGACGAUGCCCAGGCCCCGGUCUUCCACGGCCACUCGAAAUCGGGCAACGUGACGGGCCCGCUCGUCUACGCCAACUACGGCUCCCGCCAGGACUUUAAAAUGCUGGCCGACCUGGGGAUCUCGCUCGACGGUGCCAUCGCGCUGGUCCGCUACUAUGGCACCGAGACCGAUCGCGCCCUCAAGGUCAAGGCUGCCGAGCUGGCCGGAGCCGCCGGCUGUAUCAUCUACUCUGACCCGGCCCAGGACGGCUUCGUCCAGGGGCCCGCCUACCCGGACGGGCGCUUCAUGCCCGCCGACGGCGUGCAGCGCGGCGCCGUGAGCUUGAUGUCGUGGGUGGUCGGGGAUGUGCUGACGCCCGGCUUUGCCUCGACCCCGGAGCAGAAGAAGCAGCGGCUCAAGCCCGAAGAAAGCCCCGGCUUGGUCCAGAUCCCCAGCCUCCCGAUCGCCUGGCGCGACGCCCAGAGGCUGCUGAACGCCCUGCGUGGCCACGGCCUCCUCGUCCCCCAGGACUGGGUCGGUGGCGUGCCCGAGGUGGACCAGUGGUGGACGGGCGACGCCCAGUCCCCGCAGGUGAACCUGAUGAACCUGCAGGACGAGGUGGAGAAACAGCCCAUCUACAACGUGCUGGGCCGCAUCAUCGGCCUGGAGCAGCCGGAGAAGAAGAUCAUCAUCGGGAACCACCGCGACUCGUGGUGCACCGGAAGCGCCGACCCGGGCAGCGGCACCGCCGUGUUUCUAGAAAUCGUGCACAUCUUCGGCGAGCUGCUCACCUACGGCUGGCGGCCGCUGCGCACGAUCGAAUUCGCCAGCUGGGACGGUGAGGAGUACAACCUGAUCGGCUCGACCGAGCAUGUCGAGGACCGGGUGGACGCUCUGCGCGCCGACGCCUACGCCUACCUCAACGUCGACGUGGGCGUCAGCGGGCCUGACUUCCGCGUGGCUGCCUCGCCGCUGUACGAGUCGGUGGUCCUGCAGCUGCUGAACCGCAUCUCGGACCCGGCGCGCAACGCGACCCUCAAGGAGAUCUGGGAGAGGAAAGGCUUGCGCAUCGAGGGCCUGGGCGCCGGUAGCGACUACGUCGCCUUCCAGGACAUCGCGGGCACGUCCAGCAUCGAUUUCGGCUUCACCGGGGCGCCCUACCCUUACCACAGCUGCUAUGAGAACUGGGACUGGAUGGUCCGGUUCGGGGACCCGGGAUUCCAGUACCACACAAUGCUGGGCCAGUUCUGGGCCCUCCUCCUGCUCGAGCUGGCCGAAAACCCAAUCCUCCCCUUCAACAUGGAAGCCUACGCCAACUACGUGUCCAGCUACGUCGCCGAGCUGGAAACCUACGCACGCAACCAGCAUGUGCCCAUCCUCGACCCGCUCGACGCUGCAGGCUCCGACGGCGGCGUGCGCUUCAACGCCCUGUACAACGCCGCCGCCGAGUUCCGCGAGAACGCCGUCCUGUUUCAUGGAUGGGACCAGAUGUGGCACGACACCGUCUGGGGCGCCGGCGGCUACGAGAGCAGCGUCAUGACCGUCCAGCGAUUAAGCCAUAAUUCGCGGAUGGCCAAUUUCGAGACUCAUCUUCUAGAUCUAGAUGAGGGGGGUGGGAUCCCCAAUCGUACCCAAUUCAAACAUAUCCUCUUCGGCCCGCAGGCUUGGUCCGGAUACGACGAGGCCUUCUUCCCAGCCAUCCGGGACUCGAUCGAUGCCCGCGACUGGACGGCCACCCAGGCGUGGAUCGAUCGUACGGCGCACAUCCUCUCCAAGGCGAGCAGGAAGCUGCUCUACUAACCUGUACCUUCUAUCUUAACUACCUAUAAUUCCCUCACCUACACACUUCGUCUUACUUCCUUACAUCGUCCACGUCUACCGUCCCCGUCUCGUUUCGUUUAUAUCGUACAUAUGAAUCGGACCUAUACCCGUCUGUACAUGAGCUUAGCUCUCUGUCCUACUAGCCAUACAUUUCCUUUCUUGUUAUAUGUCAUAUCAUAUCUUUUUUUCAAUCAUGUUAAUCAUACCAGCGAGGUAGUUGACAACAUAUUUUUGCUGCUCAACCAAGUUAUAAUUAUAAGGAAAGUACGGAUAUGACUAUAAGCUAUAAGUCAAGAUGUCAUAUUUAAUUAUCUAUCAUUCUGUUCAGAGGUAAAAAAAAAAGC